AGAGGGAGGGGAGGUCUUUCCCGGGAAGGUGGCUGCCGCACCAGUAGCGUUACCUGCGGUGGCUGUGCGGAGUAGUGACGUACACACGCAGAUACGUACGCCCGGCCCAGGACAGAGGGAGGGGGCGGGGCAACUGGAUUGAACCACCCUCGGCGACAGGUGCCAACAGGAAAAUGGAUGACGACGAAUUUGGAGGCUUUGAGGCAGCAGUGACCUUUGAAGGUGAAGAUGGUGAAACACAAACUAUUUCUCCUGCUAUUCCUUGGGCAGCAUUUCCUGCAGUAUCUGAAGUCCAUGUACCUUCAGAUGUUCUUCUGGAGCAUUCUCUGUCUUCUGCUUGCCUUGUGCCUUCUGAUUCAUUCAUCUUAUCAGGUGAUGAUGUACUGACAACUGUUCAAACAGCCAACAGUAUUUUAAACCCAGCUGUUCUUAAAGAACAGGUUCAGUUAUCAGCCAGUUCUUCCUUGGAUAUCUCAAUUCCUUCUUUGAGUUUAACGGAAGGAAAACCUUCAGAAAAUUCAACCAUCCCUGUGGGUGACUCUGAGAAGCCGGGAAUAAAUGGAUCAAAGAAGCAUCUUCAACCAACAGUUGCAAGUCUAGAGAUUAAACUUAAAGAUGCUGAAGAAGAAAAAUGUAGAAUUAAAAAGGAGUUAGAAGAUUUGAUGGAAAAGCAUAGUAUCCUGCAAACCGAUUUCUUGAAAGAAAAGGAAGGUGAAUUCAUCUCACACCAAGAUCGCUACAAAAAGCUGCAGGAGAAACAUAAGCUUGAGUUUGAAGACAUGAGGAAAGCUGGACAUGAAGCCCUGACUAUUAUUGUGGAAGAAUUUAAGGCACUAUUGCAGUCUACAGUUCAGAAGCAAGAAGAAGGCAUUGAAAAACAAUACGUAGCUGCAAUUGAAAAACACUCAUACAAGUGUGAGGAACUGCUGAAUGCUCAGCAUCAGAGACUUCUUGACAUGCUGGAUACAGAGAAAGAAGUGUUAGCACAAAAAGUAGAAGCAGCCUUGAUGCAACAAUCACAAAAACAUAAGGAAGCCCUGGAAAAAUGUUUGGAGGAACAAGAGAAUAGAAGUAAAGAGGCUUUAGCAGCUGCUGCUAAGAUUGAAAAAGAAGUAAUGCAAGAGGCCAUUUUAAAAGCAGUCGAAGAGGAAAGGAGAAACAUGGAGAAAAUUCAUGCAAAAGAAAAAGAAAUAUGGCAGGCCGAAUGUGUCAAAGACAAAGAAAAGAUUGCUCAGGCUCUGCAGGAGGCUGUGCAAGAGCAAAGAAAAACCAGUCAAGAAAUUGUUAAGGCAGCAAUAAUGGAAGAACAGAAACGAAGUGAAAAGGCUGUGGAAGAAGCUGUGAAAAGAACAAGAGAGGAAUUGAUGGAAUAUAUCAAAGAACAGAAGAGGCUCGAUCAAGUUGUCCGCCAACGUAGCCUGUGUAGUUUGGAACUAUUCCUCUCAUGUGCACAGAAGCAAUUAAGCACUUUAUUAAAAGAAGAACCAAUCACUUCAGAGCAAGAGAGAGAAACUGAAAAUCUAAAUGGCAAUGAAAACAUGUGAUUCGUGAUGCUACAAAUCUGUAUGCUGCAAAUUACAAAAUCUCUCUUCUUUUUAAAAUAUGGGACUCUAUCAUUUGUCAAGACUGAUCUAAAACAAUGUUUAGUAGAAACUAUCUGCAGGUGACUUCAUUUGAUUUUUUAAAAUUAUUAUUACUGGUUUGCAAUAUUAGAAAUAAGAAAAUAAUUGGAAGAAAUUCUCAAUAUUAAACUGUGCACAUGUUGUCAUCUUUAAAGCCUUCAGUGGCCUAUUAGUGAUAUCGUAGGCAAAUGCAGUGGUGAUAAUAACAUUGCCUUGUUAUGGCUGUUUACAAGAGAUGUCAGCAUGUGUCCAUAUAAUUUAUUAGUAUUUUUGACACAGAAAAAGGCUGUGAUUUGGCCCCUGAUUCAGCAAGGCAUUUAACCGCAUAUGAAAGUCUAUCCAUAUCCCCCUGGUACAUGAUCAAUGCAUUGCUGCCCUGGGGGCCGUAGAAUCUUAUCAUCACAUGUGUCUUAUUUAUCACUACUGUCAAUACUGAGUCAUAAGAAUGCUGCUCAACAUUUUUUAAAAAAUUGUUUCUGAAGAUCAUUCUCCAGCAUUGGAAGAAGAAUGUUUUUUCUUAAAAAAAAAAAAAAAAAAA